CAAACAUAUGCUUUUUUGCAGAUUUUUCCAACAUGGUUAAAAUUGUAUAACUAAAGGGUAUUUGUAAAUUGAAAUAAAAGUUGGUUCUUUGUAAUAUUAAAUAAAUUCAUAAAGCAAUAUGUUUCGAUUUCUAAAAAUAUUGCCAAGAAAUGUCAACCAAUAUUUAGCACCCACAAAGAAUAAAUUUUGCUACAGAAGUAUAUGCAAUGUAGAAAAUCAGACCAACAACAAAAGUUUAAAUGCCAAUUUUAUUGGACUAAAUAGCUUAGCUUUGAAAAUUAAUCAGGAUUUGGUAUGUCCAAAGUCAACGUAUUUUAAUAAUCGGAAUAAUACCAAUAGCGAAGUGGUCAAUUCGGUAUUAUAUGAUCAUAGUAAUGUGUUCGGAUAUAUUAAAAAUUACAGGCAAGUUUAUAUAGAAAAUCCUAAUGCAACAAUAGAAAUGCCGCCACAAAAUAAAGUAGAAGAUGUAAUACAAGCGGCUCGAUUAAUAGUUAUUAGAAGAAGGAAAAUGAAAAAGCAUAAACUUAAAAAGUUAAGAAAAAAAAUGAAAUUUGAAUGGGCAAAAGUUCGUCAAAGAAGAGAAAUGCGCAAAGAAAAAGCAUUUCAAGCGGUUCUCAUUAAUCAAAUUAAGGAAGCUGAAAGAUUUAGUGCGGAACAGUAUGUAGAACAGAAGCUUAAACAAGCAAAUGAAGUUCCCAUCCCACGAUUUUGGAAAGGCAGGCGCUUGCCAGCUUUCAUUAUAAAAGAAAAAUUAGGGAUCAAGUAAUCGUUUUCAAGCUGCAAUUAGAAAAUUUAAAAAAUUAUACCGAAAUAAUUUUCAUAAUAAAUUUAACAAUUUAUUUUCGACUCCUUUAUGAUUUUACUACACAAA